AUGGUAGGAAGUGAACUACGUCAUAUGUUCAAGGCUGUCGAAGGCAUCCGUAUGCACUACGUUACAGCUGGACAGAAAGGUAAGCCAGCAGUCGUAUUACUUGCUGGCUUCCCACAGAGUUGGUACGCAUGGCGCAAAGUUAUUCCAUACCUUAGCCAGUCUUACCAGGUCUUUGCAAUUGAUUUGCCUGGACAGGGUGAUUCGGAUAAACCAGGCGAUGGCUACGACACCCAGACUAUUGCUAACAGAGUCCAUGGCGUGGUCAAAGGCCUAGGAUUAUCGCGAUACUCCCUGGCGGCGCAUGACAUUGGCGCUUGGGUAGCUUUUCCAUAUGCGGCUAUGUUUGGUAAUGAAGUUGAGCGCUUGGCAAUGCUUGAUGCUGGAAUACCAGGUGUGACACUACCCGACAUGCUUCCCUCGGACCCUGACCGCGCAUGGCGCACAUGGCAUUUUCCUUUUCAUGCGGUGCCAGAUCUGCCAGAAUUACUGAUUCGUGACAAGGAGCGCACUUAUCUAGAGUGGUUUCUACGCCGCAAGACAGCUAACCCAACCAUAUUCACCGAGGCAGAUUUAGAUGAGUAUGAGCGUAUAUUUACGCAGCCAGGGUCUCUACGUGCUGGCCUAGCUUACUACCGCGCCUGUGCCAAGUCUGCCGAACAAAACAGAGCUCUAGUCAAGAAUGACCCGCUCAACAUGGACGUACUCGCGGUUUCCGCAGAUCAAGGAUCGAUUCCCAACAUGGCCAAGCCAUUAGAGGUGUUUGCACCAAAAGUCGAAGGUGUUACAAUUAAUGAGUGCGGCCAUUAUAUUCCAGAAGAGCAGCCUCUGAAGCUAGCAGGCCAUUUGAGAGCUUUCUUUAGCCCAGAGGUCAGAAAUCCAUUCGAUUUUGAGAAAUGA